UUGCAAGUAUUUUUCUUUUUUUAAAACAGCAAAUUCUACACAGGAAUUCACCGCACUUGCGCUUUCAUCUUUUCCUAAAGGCUUUUUUCCUUUUCCUCAUGUCUGUCCCCACUCAUUUUUCUUCCUCAUUCCCUCCAGUUUUCCAGUAGAUGAAACAGAACAUGGUUUCUCAUUAUCAGCCAGACUCCUCCCUCUCUUUGACUGGUGCUCUUUUCCCCUCCCUCCCUCAUGUGCGGAGGGCUCGGCAGUGAGUGUUAAUCCCGGAUUGCGCUGCCCUGCCGUCUGCAUCCCGUUGUUGCUGGGAGAGCAUGGCACGGCUCCAGGACCCCUGCGCUGACACGACAGAGAAGUGAAUGAGUAACAGAGAAAGAGAGGGAGAGAGGAAAGAGGUACAGUUGGACUGCUUCAUGACUACCACAGCUGCUUGAGUGUUAUUUAGUUUCAGUCACACACUCUCUAUCACAUAACUAGAAGGAAAAGAGAGAAACAGGAGGGAUGGCAGCCGGUUUGUCGCAGCUGUGGGAACUACUGUAAGAGAGGAAACCUCGGUCACAUCCCGGGUUCCAACACAUCGCAGCACUUCUCUUCUUUGCGUUGCACCUUCCUCACUGUUCACAUUUGACAGGGAUUAAACUUUUUUUUGAUCUGUUGCUGGCAAAUCUGUAACUCUGUCAGACAUGGAGUCUCCCACCAAAGAGAUUGAGGAGUUUGAAAGCACGGCCCUGAAGUACCUCCAGCCAGAACAGAUAGAGAAGAUUUGGCUCCGGCUCCGGGGAUUGCGCAAGUACAAGAAGACAUCCCAGAGAUUACGAUGUCUGGUAAAGCAACUGGAGAGAGGAGAGGCUUCUCUUACUGACCUCAAGAAAAACCUUGAGUAUGCGGCGUCUGUGCUGGAAUCUGUUUACAUCGAGGAAACAAGGCGCUUGGUGGACACAGAAGAUGAACUCAGCGACAUUCAGUCAGAGUCGGUGCCUUCAGAAGUGCGGGACUGGCUGGCCUCCACCUUUACCAGACAGAUGGGCCUGAUGCUAAGACGUAAUGAGGAAAAACCUCGCUUCCGAAGCAUCGUCCACGCCGUUCAGGCUGGAAUAUUUGUUGAGAGGAUGUACCGGCGUACCUCCAAUAUGGUGGGACUCAGCUACCCGGCUUCUGUCAUAUCUGUGCUUAAGAAUGUUGACAAGUGGUCGUUUGAUGUCUUCGCUCUGAAUGAGGCCAGUGGUGACCACGCACUUAAAUUCAUAUUCUACGAGCUGCUCACAAGAUAUGACCUCAUUAGUCGUUUCAAGAUCCCAAUCUCUGCGGUGGUGUCAUUUGUUGAGGCCCUUGAGGUCGGAUACAGCAAACAUAAAAACCCCUACCACAACCUGAUUCAUGCUGCUGAUGUCACACAGACUGUGCACUACUUGCUACUCAAGACUGGCAUGGUGCAUUGGUUGACUGAGCUUGAGAUCUUUGCCAUGAUCUUUGCGGCGGCGGUGCAUGACUACGAGCACACGGGGACCACAAACAACUUCCACAUUCAGACAAGGUCAGACACAGCUAUCCUGUAUAAUGAUCGUUCAGUAUUGGAGAGUCAUCAUGUCAGCGCAGCCUAUCGCCUGCUGCAGGACGACGAUGAAAUGAACAUCCUCUACAACCUCUCUAAGGAUGACUGGAGAGAGCUGCGGGCUUUAGUAGUGGAAAUGGUGCUGGCUACAGACAUGUCCUGCCACUUCCAGCAAGUUAAGGCCAUGAAGAACUUCCUACAACAACCAGAGGGCAUCGACAAGCCAAAGGCACUGUCCCUGCUGCUGCACACAGCAGACAUCAGCCACCCGGCCAAGACUUGGGACCUGCACCAUCGUUGGACCACCUCCCUACUAGAGGAGUUCUUCAGACAGGGGGACAAAGAAGCUGAGCUCGGGCUGCCGUUCUCUCCACUCUGUGACCGAAAGUCCACGAUGGUGGCACAGUCACAAAUCGGAUUCAUAGACUUCAUCGUAGUGCCAACCUUUACUGUGCUCACCGACAUGAUGGAGCGCAUUGUCACGCCACUCAUUGAGGAGGCCUCCCAUUCCGGUUUGACUGGUUUCAGACGCUCAAGUCUGAACAGUAUUAGUUCAGAUGAAAGCAAAAGGCACAGUGUCAAGAGCAUGGGCUCCGACAGCAGCUCAUCGGGCCCGGGCUCUCUCCUGACGGUGGACAUGAAGAACUUCAAAGCAUUGUGGAAUGAAGAAGUUUAUCAAAACAGAGAGAGGUGGAAAGCCCAGGCCGCUAAAGAAGCAGAGGAAAGAGCUAAAAAGGAAGCAGAGGAGCGAGCACAGCAGGAAGAGUCGAUGGAGCCCCAGGAGGUCCAAGCAGAAUCCGAACAGCCUGAACCAAAGGAGGACAAAUUGGAGGGAGAGUCGCCCGAGUCGGAAGAGGUCAGCACACCACCAGAUGGUAACACAGGGAAAACAGAGCAGGGAGCACAGCCUGGGAGUGCCACGCACAAGAGCCCCCCACUGCAGAACGGAGAGCUGUCAGAAGGGGCCGAGUCUCCAGAAGGUGAAGAAGACAAAAACAAACCAGUCGAGGAGGUUGUGAUGGAGUAAGUAAGCUGGGGAGUACCAGUGCCACUCUGUUGUCACUGUUGCUGUCAACUUGAACCUGCUUUAAAUCUUGCAUGGGAGAACUCAGACUCACGUUAGAGAGUCAUUAGUUGGACUGUGCCGCCCUCUACAGGACACUGAGAAACAGCCACCUUUGCUUCCCUGUCUUUAUAAUCAGCCAUUUUUUUCUUUUCUUUUGCUUUUAUCACGUUUCUGCUCCCAGGCUCUCACGUGCAUCAUUCUUUUCUUCCUGCUUACUGAUAAAGCCAGCUAAGAUGAUUUAAUGACCUUAAAAUAAGAGCAGCGGAGAGUGUUUUUUUUUCUUUUUUUCUUAAAGUAUACCAUCGAUUUACUUUUCUCCAAGUAUGUUCAAUAAGUAUGUUUCACUCAGCCACAUACACGUAGCCAUUGUACAAGUCCCACUUUGCCUCAGCAGCUCUCUUCAUGGUUUGGUGUAAAACUGAAAACUUUUUUUUUGUGUUUUUAAGCAGUCACAUAUUUGAAUUCUUCAAUCACAGACAAAAUGCAGACUUGUUUUGAAAUGCAGAGUAAAUGCACAUUCAGAGGGACUCUUAUCUGCUACAUAGCAUGUACAGUAUACGGACAUGUGUACAGCGCACUAGGUGUACAGCACUACUGUUUUAUUCUCACGUAAAACACUCUUCCCCUUUGAUUUGGGAGUUCCUGUUGGGAGCUUCUUAUGGCCACUGAAGCCACUUUAGACACAUUAACACGCAAUCUUCACCACCGGUUGUGGCUCAUUUUCCUCCUGAACACGUUUACUUCCGUAGUGCUUUCCUCAGACAUCGUGAAGUUUUAACACAUUUGUGCUCCUUGCAGUCAGGAACAUAUUGUUGAUGUCCUCUUUACUGUAUAUAUUAGACAGUCUGUAUAUGUCUGGAGAAGGAGUACAAAUCUAUCCACAAUCCACCACAAUUUUUGACAUAGUUUAAAAUAACAGUUGAAAAAAAUAUGGGAAUGCCUCUUGUGCAAUUUAAGACAUAUCACACAUGCAAAUCCAUUCAAGUUUUUGUAAGAUAUAAAAUUCUCUUUUUAGUACUUUUUUUUUUGGUAAAACAAUUUGUAUUGCUCAUGUCACGUAUGAAUCAUGCCCUAGAUGUGUGUUAAGAUCCUCACAAAGUUUGUCUUCUUCUCGAUGCCUUCUUACAUGAAUGAAAGCUGUAGCAAAAAGUCAACAUUGUUUGCUGAAAAAUCUUCUAUAUGUAUUUUUGUUUCCUUUUCCAGCACAGUUACAUAACAGCAGCUUCACCUUCUAGGUUGUGGGUGUAGUGUUUAAUGUACAUGUUUACUUUGUGCUCAUACACCUAUUAGCAGGCUGAAUCCAUCUGAUGCAUCAGAGGCUACGAGUCCCCCCUGUAUCGCUUCUUGGUUGUUUGCCAAGGUUUUUAAGGCUUGUAAUCUUGUGUACAGAUGAUGCAAAUAUUGCUUACUGUGCAAAUGUAACAUAUUAAACCACUGCAAUGCAGGUUCAGCUUUUACUAUUAAUGUAAUACGUAUAAUUGGAAGAAAGGAAAAGAAGCAUCGCGGCAGUAUUUGCAGUAUGAUGGACAUGCUUUCUCCACAAUGGUGAACUUUUAUUUUAUUUUCCUUGCAUUCUUUUAUGUGGAAAUUCCCAAAUUGACUGUGUCAAGGUCAAAUUCCUGGCAUAUAGCUGGCUUUUACAAUAAGUUGUAAGCAUACUAUACAUGUGUACACAGCUACUGAUAUGUAUAGUAUAUAUUAUCCUGCGUUCUAAAAGGGGUUAUUACCUUUUUCCCCUUUCAUUUUUUUCAUUGUAACAGGAACAUCAGUUCUCUGGUGGGGUAUGGCAGUUUUUCACAUGCUGCUUUUUACCUAAAAAAAGGAAAACAAAAGAAAAGAAAAAAAUAGAGAGUCAUUGGUUAUCAGGCCAACUGACUGAAUGUGUGCCUCUAUCUGUACUUCCGUUUUCACGCCUUUCAUCUGUAGGAAAAUUUUGUGAUGUCAUUUUAAUCUGUGCUGAUCCGGUUAAAGUCAAACAAACCAGUUAAUAUCUUCCAACACACUCAAGAGUUGAAAAACACACGUUGUCUCUGUAAAGUCAGCAGAAGUAAUGUAUUUAUGAUCGCAUAUUUUGCUCUAUUUCAUUUAGACGCGUUUAUUCUGGCUGUUUUGUGCCGUACGUAUGUUGUCCCUCUGUUGUUUUAUUGUACCGUUUUGCUCCUCCUUUGUCUUGGAGGAUGGAUUGUCAAAAACGUGCGUCUGUAACAUGUAGGGACUUUUUUUUGUUUCUCCUCUAUCUGUGUCACUGUGAUGUUUUCUUGCACCAACUUUGAAGUCAGAAAAAUUCAAGAGAUUCAUAAAUGUAAAUUUCUAUUCUAACAGUCUCGCCAAAUUAGAUUGAAAAGAAAAAUUUAUUGCAUCCUCACAAUAGGCUGCUUGGUAAAACAGAUUAUAGUUGCCCUACUGAGGGACCAACACAUGUACAGUCUUGUAGUUUGCUCUACCUUCCACUAGCUACUGUGAUAGCCUACUGUAUGAAUAUGUAACAGGAAUUUAUACCAACCAUAAUAGGAAACAUAGCUGUUAUGACAUGUAAAGACUUCUGAACAUGGUGUUUUGUAAUGUUUACUAUGAAACAAAUCAUUUGUUGUUCAUUUAAUGCUUUUUCCCCUCCUUGUUUAGUCUGAUUCACUCUAUAAUGACUGAUCUCAAACUGUUGAAAUGACUGAGGUUAGAUGGGUUUGAAAGAUUUGUGUGCGCGCGUGUGUGCGUGCGUCUUUGUGUGUGAGAAACCGCCACAAAAUACUUAAUGUGCAUUUUCUGAUCUCCUCACUGUGAUCUUCUCUGUUGAUGAGAGUAUGAUGAGAUGAGUGUUUGUGGGAGAGAAACAAAAAGUGAUGCAGUGGACUGUGUAAACCUGAGUGAACAAUUCAUUUUGAAUCUAUUCUAGUAUUAGUUUUAAAUGCUCCAUCAGGCCAAUACUCCUGAUAUGUUUGCUUUUAUAAAAAGCAUUCAUAAUAUCAAAGUUAAAUUGAGACAAAAAGGAUAGGUGACAUAAAAAUAAUAAUUUUAAAGAUGUUGAAUUUCACUUUGUUCUGUACUACUCUCUACUACAUCCCUGAAUAAACAGACUGACUGAGUGUGUGUGCGUGUGUGUGUGCGCGUGUGUGUGUGUUGCUGUCCCAUGCCGGCCAGGCGGCCGUGUGUGCCACCAUGCUCUGUGACUGCACAGCCGUAUCAAUAAAUCUUGAUUCAAAGGGCUCAGA